CCCAUAUCAUUAUGGCCCCCCAAAAAUUCAAUCCUAGAUCCGCCCCUGGCUCAAGUUGUUCUUACUGAGGAAUCAGUUGAUCUCUUACAUACAGAGGGAUUGAUAUCUAAGGAUACAUUAACAGAAGUGAAGAGUUGCGGUUGUUCAUUGGUAGGAGAUCCAAUGUUACUAAUAUUAAGUGCUGUAGCUAAAAAUCAUAGCAAGUUAUGUACUCUGACAAGCAUUCUAAUGAAAUCAAAGGAAGCAGUGUCUUUAGCUAAUGAUAUAAUAAUGGAAUAUGAAAAGUCAUAUCCUUCGGCAGUAACAGUUAUGCCAUCUUGUCAACAAGCAAGUACUUCAACAUCUUCAAGAUCUGGACAAUUACAAGAUAGUAGUAGUGAGACUCAAGUAACUACCAAUACUGAUGCUACUCCACAAGGUGUAGUAGAGGUCAUAGUUCAUCCUGGCUAUGAAGCUGAGUUUGAUAGAAUGGCUACUUUGCGUGGUAAUCUUAUUCACAGUAUCGUUCCUCUCAUCAAAGCAGCGAUACCAUCCAUUGAUGAUUUGAAGACCUAUGUUAGACGAUGUCGCUCUCAUUUAGAGAAUCAAUUGGACCAAGCAGAAACAUUUGAUGCUGUCAUGCGAGUGAUCGAAAAAGAGUGUUCCAUUCUCAAUGUUUCAGUUUUGGAGGCUAUAGUGAAUAAUUAUUCAAUAAAAGAUGUUGGAGACAUGAUAUUAGCUUAUCAGACACACUUGAAUGAAUUCUGUGAGAACAAAUUAACAAUGUUUUGUGAUUGUCAGCUUAAGAGAUUGUCCUCUUCCCUCCUCACUU